AUGGCAAUCACCAACCUCUCUCUUUUCAGUUUUCUCUUAUCUUCUUCUCUUGCCACCCUCUUCACCCCCUCUCAAGGUGAAUACACACCCUGGCAAACUAAGUACCCUUUCAUCCGACCAUCAAGCUCCUUCUCACCACCACCACCGUCACCAUCCACCGGUGGCGGCGGCCACGGAAAGGUGUAUUAUGACUACAUUGUCGUUGGCGGAGGCACCGCCGGAUGUCCGUUGGCCGCCACAUUGUCCCAAAAGUAUAAGGUCUUAUUGGUGGAACGAGGUGGUGUUCCAUUUGCAAAUAGAAAUGUGUCAUUUUUGGCAAAUUUCCAUCUUACCCUUGCGGAUCUUUCAAAUACUUCUGCUUCACAAUUCUUUGUGUCCACGGAUGGAGUCUUCAACGCAAGAGCUAGGGUUUUGGGUGGUGGUACUGCCAUCAAUGCGGGAUUUUACACACGAGCAAGCGCAAGUUAUGUUAAGAGGGUAGGGUGGGAUGCCAAAUUGGUCAAUGAAUCGUACCCAUGGGUCGAAAAACAAGUUGUUCAUGAACCCAUAUUCGAACCGUGGCAAAGAGCGGUUCACGACGGUCUGUUGGAUAUUGGGGUUUCCCCCGAUAACGGGUUCACAUACGACCAUUUGUAUGGUACGAAGGUUGGUGGAACCAUUUUCGACAAGUACGGUCGGAGACACACCGCUGCCGAGUUACUAGCCUCGGCAAACCAUCAAAAUCUCGACGUGUUGAUUCACGCGAAAGUUCAAAACAUCAUGUUUGACACAACUGGGAAGAAACCGAGGGCAAUCGGAGUGGUUUUCCAUGACGAAAAUGGGGAUAAACAUGAGGCUUUUAUUUCUAGGAGGCGAGGGAGUGAGGUUAUCGUAACGUGUGGAGCCAUCGGGAGCCCGCAUCUACUAUUACUUAGCGGGAUCGGACCACAGGCCGAUCUCGAGAAACUAAACAUCUCGGUGGUGCACGAUAACAAAUUUGUCGGGAAAGACAUGGUGGAUAAUCCGAUGAAUGCAAUUUACGUUCCUUUCAACAGACCUGUGAAACAGUCUCUGAUUGAAACCGUCGGGAUUACGAAACACGGCGUGUAUGUUGAAGCGAGUAGUGGUUAUGGUCAAUCUAAGGAUAGCAUUCACUGCCAUCACGGUGUUGCUUCAGCUGAGAUUGGACAACUUUCGACGCUUCCUCCAAAGAAAAGAACACAUGAAGCGAUCGAAUUGUACAAGAGAAACAAGAAAGAUAUCCCGCAUGAAGCAUUUCACGGAGGUUUCCUCUUGGAAAAGAUUGCAAACCCGAUGUCGAAAGGGGAGCUCAAAUUGAUCAAUACCAACGCGGACGACAACCCAUCCGUCACGUUUAACUACUUUAGCCACGCCAAAGAUUUAAGAGGGUGCGUUAACGGGAUCCGAAUGAUGGAGAAACUAGUGAGGUCAAAACCCUUCCUCAACUUCACGCAAUGUGACAACAAAACCGUCAACAAACUGCUCAACAUGAGUGUCACCGCCAACGUUAAUCUGAUACCCAGACAUACAAACGACACAGAGUCACUUGAGCAGUUUUGUAAAGAUACAGUGAUCACAAUCUGGCACUAUCAUGGCGGGUGCCAUGUGGGUCAGGUGGUGAACACUGCUUAUCGAGUCAUGGGUGUGCACAGGCUUCGAGUCAUUGAUGGGUCCACUUUUGACGAGUCCCCUGGCACAAAUCCUCAAGCCACAGUUAUGAUGUUGGGCAGGUACAUGGGAGUGAAGAUCUUACAAGAAAGGUCAAGAAAAUCAAGCGGAUUGCAACGAUGAAGUAGAGCGACCUGUGGAUGGUGAUGGCGAUUUUAUGUAUUUUUUGUCGAAUUUUUUAGGUAGAAAUUCUUAGCGAGCAACAGACGUCGAGCGUCAGUUUAACGGUAUUUGAAUUCAUAGAUUAUCGGUUCAAAUCUUCCGUUAACCAACUAAAAACGUAGAGAAGUUAAAGGCUUGCCCAACAAAGGAAUGGAGAACUAUAUGUACUCUGAAAUUCUCCCUUUUUUUGUUGCGUUCUAAGUGAUUGUGGUGUUUGGAUUUUG